AUGGCUGGAUCGCGCAUCACCUACCGCUUUACGUUCAUUGACCUGGCCGAUGACGGCAAGGUAGAUGGCGAAGCUCGUCGUGGUCGGGCCAGGAGCUUUUCUCCGAUUCGGGCAUCCGUGGCAAAGUCGGAGACCCCAGUGGUGGAUGCAUGGGCACAGCGUCAUCUUCGCACGCUCCGGCACGGGCAGGACGCAACAGUUUGCGAUCCGCCGGCACCAAACCGGGGCAGCGUCGGACACCCAACCUUGUGCAGCCGCCCAUGCAUCUACUUCGCAAAGGAAGGGCAGUGCCCGAAAGGUGAUGCCUGUGGCUUUUGCCACUAUUACCAUUCCAGUGCCCCAAAGCCUGACAAGCAUCAGCGUGAGUUGAUGAAGAUGAUGCCCAGGGCGGAGCUACUGUCUCUGCUGGCAGAGCUACUUCGGGAGCGUGCCGAGCAAGAUGGUUUCGAGGAUGCCGGCUUUGCUGUGGCG